AAUGAUAAAUUAACUGAUGAUAAAUUAACUGAUGAUAAAUUAAAUUUAUUAUUAAAAUUCAUAGGUUUUAUAGAUGGAGAUGGUUACAUUAGAGUAACUAAAAAAUCUAAGUUAAAUAAGAAUAAGAUGUUAAUAGAUUCCCCCCCUAUGGGGGGGGAUAUAUCCCCGAAGGGAAUAGAUUAUAUUUAUAUCUCAUUAGUUAUAAAUUUAAAUGAAAAUGAAUUAGAUUUAUUAAAUUAUUUUAAAUCAGAAUUAAAUAUAGGAAAUGUAUAUUGUAUAACACCUAAAAAAGGAAAUAAGUUAGCAAGAUUAGAAAUAAAUAAAACUGAUCUUAAAAAUAAAUUAUUACCUUUAUUAAAUAAAUAUGAUAUACAUUUUUUAACUCUAACUAGACAAAAACAAUAUUUAUUAAUGAAAUAUAUAUUUGAAAAUAAUAUAAUAUUUUAUAAAGAUAUAAUUAAUAAUGAUAAAAUUAAUAAUUAUAUUGAAAAUAAUAUAAUUAAAUAUGAUUUUGAUAAAUUAUAUUAUUUUAAUUAUUGA